UUGGAAUGACCAGUUGAUGAUCCCAAAGCACAUAGAUAUCUUCUCCAUUUAAAGUUUCAACCACUCAAUGCGUCAACAAAGCUCAGUCAAAACCAAAUCCAUCGUCUCUCUCUCUCAAUCUCUCGCCUGUAAGUAAUUAUUUAGCUCAUCUAUGAAACCAAAUCUCUACUUACCUCACCACAAAUUUCCAAUCGGAAUCCUCAGUCGCAGAAGCCGUUCCUCAAGAAAUGCUCCGAUUUCUGUUCAGGCGUCUCAGAUCGCGGUGGCCGCUGCUCGUCUACUCCGCCUCCUGGACGAUUCUCCUCACGCUGACGGUCGCCGUUGCCUCCUUCGCGCCGGAGCUCGCCUUUGCGUCGGCGAUUUCGCCGUCGUCGUCGUUUGCUGCACAGUGCAAGGCCGGAGUCGGAGGCGGAGGCGGAGGCCUCGUUAGGGUUCCGAUGGAUUUGCCGGGAGACGUGCUUUGCGUGCCGGACCUUCUCUUUAGGAAAUCCAGGAUUGAUCUGAUCGUUCCCCCGAUUUUCGCUGCGGUUGUAGUGGCCGGGUCCGCUUGCGUUGUUAGGGCCUUCGGCCUAUGGGCCGACGAUGAUGUAAUCUAAUGGGCCGAUAUUGGGCCUCAAUGUAUGUAAGCCCAACCCACUAUAUACAUACGGAAUUAUGAAUUUGCAAA